CCACCUGCUCAUUUGAUUGUGCGGUUUCUCGUUAGUCCUGACCGGGCUGUGGAGUUGUAUUCAUAAGGAAGGCUGCGUUGCUUUCGUUGUGUUCUAUUAUUUUUUCCGUUUUAAGAAGAACGACUGGAUAUUGGGAUUCUGUGCCUCGAGACGUUAAGGCAGAAUUCCUUGGGCAGAUCAGAAGGAAUACGCGAUCAUUAACUUUGAGAUUGGUUAUAUAACUCGUUGGAAAACCCGUCGGGUUGGUCGAGCGCUUGACGUUGGAUCGUGACGACGUGCGAAUGCGAGCCGCACCGGGCGCUCUCGUCCCCGCCAGGAAUGGAGGAAGACUCCACAAGCAGGGUUCUCGCUAAAUUUCCUCUCAGUGCAUCGGAGGACUCUGCGAUGCGGCAGGCAGUGAGACGUCCCCCCUCCAUCUCCGUGCGCCGUCAUUGAGAGCGGGAUGCAGUUUUUCUCGACGGGGUCGGCGCCUGAACUGAGCCUGUUCUGACACCAGGAGGAGGACUCGCACUGCUGCUGGUGACGCUGGACGAGCAUGGCAGGCGCCAAACUGACACCGUCGCCUUCGGAGAUCGACCCAGACGUAAAGACCGACGUGCAGACACCACCAGAGCCCACCUGGGUCAAUACCUCCAAUCCCCUCCGGAGCGCGGGGUCUUUUGGAAGCGAUGUCGGCCAAAGGUAUCAAGAGGAGUACAGUAUGGACUCAACCAAUGCCCAGGUGCAGGUAGAGUUCUAUGUGAAUGAAAACACCUUCAAGGAGAGGCUGAAGCUUUUCUUCAUCAAAAACCAAAGGUCAAGUCUAAGAAUUCGUUUGUUCAACUUUGCAUUGAAGAUUCUCACCUGUGUCCUCUACAUUGUGAGAGUCAGCCUUGAUGACCCCACGGAAAACAACAGUAACCUAGGUCCACCAUGUCAAAACAACAGUUCACCGAAUACAACAGAGGCACCCGAAAUCAAAUGGUGCCUAAUUUUCUGGGUGACCAGACGGGACUCUGUGUGGGCAAUACAGGUGACAGUGGCCUUAAUCAGUUUCUUGGAGACUAUGCUUAUCACAUAUCUCAGCUACAAGGGGAACAUUUGGGAGCAGAUCUUCCAGAUAUCCUUCAUAUUGGAGAUGAUUAAUACGGUACCAUUUAUAAUCACAAUCUUCUGCGCUCGAUUAAGAAACAUAUUUGUCCCUGUGUUUCUUAACUGCUGGCUUGCCAAAGGUGCGCUGGAGAAUAUGAUUAACGACUUCCAUCGUGCCAUCCAGAGGACGCACUCCGCAAUGUUCAACCAGGUGUUCAUCCUCAUCUGCACCUUACUGUGUCUGGUCUUCACCGGAGCUUGUGGGAUUCAGCAUCUGGAGAGAGCCGGGAAAAACCUGUCCUUGUUCGACUCCUUUUAUUUCUGCAUCGUCACCUUCUCCACUGUGGGCUACGGGGACGUUACUCCCCAGAUCUGGCCCUCACAGUUGCUGGUGGUUAUUCUCAUCUGUGUUGCUCUGGUAGUCCUUCCGCUGCAGUUUGAGGAACUAGCAUACUUGUGGAUGGAGAGCCAGAAGCUCGGAGGGAACUACAGCCGUCACCGGGCGCAGACUGAGAAACACGUUGUGUUGUGUGUCAGCUCGCUCAAGAUCGACCUGUUGAUGGAUUUUCUCAAUGAGUUCUACGCUCAUCCCAGGCUGCAGGACUACUAUGUGGUGAUCCUGUGCCCGACUGAAAUAGACAUUCAGGUUCGACGAAUCCUGCAGAUCCCUCUGUGGUCUCAGAGGGUUAUCUACCUGCAAGGAUCCGCUCUGAAAGACCAGGACCUAAUGAGGGCCAAGAUGGACGAUGCUGAGGCGUGCUUCAUCCUGAGCAGCAGGAAUGAAGUCGACCGAACUGCUGCUGAUCACCAGACUAUUUUGAGAGCUUGGGCUGCAAAGGACUUCGCUCCCAACUGCCCUCUGUACGUCCAGAUUCUCAAACCGGAAAAUAAGUUUCAUGUGAAAUUUGCCGAUCACGUCGUAUGUGAGGAGGAGUUCAAGUACGCCAUGUUGGCUCUCAACUGCGUGUGUCCGGCCACGUCCACCUUAGUGACUCUGUUGGUUCACACCUCCAGAGGACAGGAAGGGCAGACAUCCCCUGAGCAGUGGCAAAGGACAUACGGACGCUGCUCUGGGAACGAGGUCUACCACAUCCGUUUAGGCGAUAGCAAGUUUUUUGGAGAGUAUGAUGGAAAGAGCUUCACCUACGCCUCCUUCCAUGCCCACAAGAAGUACGGGGUGUGUCUGAUCGGCGUGAAGAGAGAGGACAACAAGAGCAUCCUCCUGAAUCCCGGACCGCGUCACAUCAUGGCUGCCACCGACACCUGCUACUACAUCAACAUCACCAAGGAGGAAAACUCUGCCUUCAUCUUCAAAGAGGAGGAAAAACACGGGAAGGGUCUCACCGUCACCGGCCUGUACGACGCCCCCUCCAGGCUGCCUGUGCACAGCAUCAUAGCCAGCAUGGUUGAUCAGGCCAUCUCAUAUGGGACCGUAGCGAUAGAUCUCCAGCACCCCGAUCCUCCUGAGGAAAGUGGAAAGCUAACCCUACCCACCGAGAACGGCGCCGGAAGCCGAAGGCCGAGCAUUGCACCCGUGCUGGAAAUUGCUGACUCCUCCGCCAUUUUGCCCUGCGACCUCCUUAGCGACCAAUCUGAGGACGAGACCAACCAAUCAGACGAGGAGGGCUCCAUGAUGUCGGAUUUUGUGAAGGGCUAUCCUCCAAACUCGCCCUACAUCGGCAGCUCUCCAACUCUGUGCCACCUCCUGCCACAGAAAGCUCCAUUUUGCUGCCUUCGCCUCGACAAGGGCUGCACACAUAAUAGCUUUGAGGAUGCCAAGGCCUACGGCUUCAAGAAUAAGCUGAUUAUAGUGUCUGCAGAGAUGGCAGGAAAUGGGCUCUACAACUUCAUAGUUCCCCUGCGAGCUUAUUAUCGGCCCAGAAAGGAGCUGAACCCAAUAGUGCUGCUACUGGACUACCCACCAGACAACCACUUCUUAGAGGCCAUUUGCUGCUUUCCGAUGGUUCACUUCAUGGCUGGAACUAUUGAUAAUUUGGACAACCUGCUCCAGUGUGGUAUAAUCUACGCUGAUAACUUGGUGGUUGUGGACAAGGAGAGCACCAUGAGUGCCGAGGAAGACUACAUGGCAGACGCCAAGACCAUUGUCAAUGUCCAGACCAUGUUCAGAUUGUUCCCCAGUCUCAGCAUCAUCACAGAGCUCACGCACCCGUCCAACAUGAGGUUCAUGCAGUUCAGAGCAAAGGACUGCUACUCGCUCGCUCUGUCCAAACUGGAGAAGCAAGGGUCUGAUAACAUCAAGUUAUGCCUGAAGGUCAGUUGUGGGGAAUGGUGCUUAUCAGUGAAAGAAAAGUCUGAAAAUACAAUUGAGCGAGAUAAGGGCUCCAACCUGGCCUUCAUGUUCCGGCUGCCGUUCGCUGCCGGCCGGGUCUUCAGCAUCAGCAUGCUGGACACGCUGCUGUACCAGUCAUUCGUUAAGGACUACAUGAUCGCUAUUACACGGCUUCUCCUCGGCCUGGACACCACGCCCGGCUCCGGUUACCUCUGCGUUAUGAAGAUCACCGAGGAGGACUUGUGGAUCAGGACCUACGGCCGGCUCUUCCAGAAAUUUUGCUCUUCCAGUGCUGAGAUUCCCAUCGGCAUCUACCGCACUGAGUCGCACAUGUUCUCAACGUCGGAGAAGAAAGACAGUAAUGCACAGUCUCAGGUGUCCAUCAACGCUGAGCAUGGAGAGGAGCACCGGGACCGCAAAGAGUCCUGGAAAGAGAAGACGGCCCACAGAAACUCCACCACGAGCGACCAGUCUGAGCAUCCGCUGCUGAGGAAAAAGAGCAUGCAGUGGGCUCGGCGGCUGAGCAGGAAGAACGCCAAGCCAGCGAGCCGAGCCGAGCGCAUUUCACAGCAGAGACUCAAUCUGUAUCGCCGCUCUGAGAGGCAGGAGCUGUCGGAGCUGGUCAAGAACCGCAUGAAGCAUCUGGGCCUCCCAACCGUGGGCUAUGAGGAUGUUUCUAAUCUCACUGCGAGCGAUGUCAUGAAUCGAGUAAAUCUAGGAUAUUUGCAAGAGUUGCAGGAUAUUUCAGAGCAGCCGUAUACAGAGGGGACAAGGCCGUCAGGGCCACAAGCAGAUGAGAUGAACGACCACCAGAACACACUGUCCUACGUCCUCAUCAAUCCUCCUCCCGACACCAUGCUUGAGCUCAACGACAUUGUGUACAUUAUUCGGUCGGACCCACUGGCACACGUGCCAGAGGACUCACAGAUGGGGCAAGCUCGAAACACCAGGAACCAACAGGACUUUGGCACAGAGACGAGAAAUGAGACUCACCUUUGAAUGCUUUUAGUCUUCGGUUCUACAAGCUCCCGAUAGAGCCCGUAUAACUUGCACAGAUGAAGGCCUAACACGGCCAGUGUUUGUAGUGAAUGUGUAUUAUGUGUCUCUCAGCCUGAGACCAGAGUCUAAUCACAUCCUAAAAGAUGGCCCUAAGAGACCUGGUUUCCACCGAGCUGCCAUAGGAGGAUGCAUGAAGAGUGCCUAGUCAUCACUAUCACAAACCUUAUCAACACACACACCCCUCACAAAACACUCUGCAAAGGAGAACCUGAAAGCAGCUUCCUCUACCCGGUCUGAGUGCAGGGAUCAGCAGUGUUAUUAGCCGUAAUCAGAUGUUCAAAGCAGGUUUCUGUGCAGAUGGAUAAAAUUUGAUCAUUUCAACCCAUGUUUUGCUCAGGGGGGGGAAGCUGCUCUUGUGCCACUGCUCAGGCCAAAUGCUUCUCCGCCUGUUUCUGCCUAGAAUCAGAAACUAACUGAGACUCAUUCACAUCCAACACAACUUAAACAUCAUGUUUUGCUUCAGAGAACCAUUAAAUGUGUUGAUUUUCUAUAUUUUCAGGUAUUUACCAGGAAAUUACAGUAGGCUACAUGUGCAAUUUUAUUCUUUGUUUAUUCUUGUACACUUUAUCAGGCAUUUUUUUUACAAGCACAUUUUUGAUUGGACAACGGGCUCCUUUAUUAGCCAAGUUAGCAUUUCUCUUUCUUUUUGUCUGUUGAAAAAGGAAAAAAUUUCCCUUUUGGAAAUCACGUCUGCUCCAAAUUAUGUGCCAUGUUGUAUACUCUAUUUAUUUGUAAAUAUAAUUGUUAUUGUGCCAUUUUGUAUUUAUUUUGUGACACCAGUAUUUUUAUAAUUUUUAGACCUCACUGCAACAUCAGCUGCUGCUGUGCUAAAAGUAAACUUACAUAAGAAAGCUCAGUUAAGGAAAUACGUAUUUUGAAGGAGGCUAAUAUUCAAAAUACCUGAUCUGAUCUAUACUAAGAUCAACUGUUGAUCAUAACACCACCUGCAGUUUGAAUCUAGUGUUAAAGGCUCUAUUUAUAUUAAAUUUGAGUUGCUUGUUAAGAAUAAUGAAUUUAUUUAUAAAUGUGAAUCAGAAAUGUUUCUUUUAUUUAUUUCUAUGUUGUUUCUCUGUCCAUAUCUUGUCUAAAGAUGAAAGAAAUCCAAUUUUUUUUAGGCAUUAUAGAAACAUGUUUUGCCUCAUGAAUGUUGCUCUAAAAUUAGCAAACUGUUAGCUUAGCUUAGCAUGAAGUGCUAAUAGCUAAACUUUACAAACCCUAAUUUUAUUGAACUUUUUAACAUUUAUGAUUUAAUUUGCUAAAUAAAGAUCUAAAAGUUUAUUUUAACACUCAAGUACCUGUAAGAUGGUUUUGGGUGGCUUGGAGGUUGGUUUAAGAGGGCCAAUAUUUAGCCUUUUUAUUUUAUUUGUAGCAUUUGCGCUAAGCUAAGCUAAUUGUUCUGGCUGUUUAACACAUAGGCCAGCUGUGCUGCGAAAAGGUAUUUCUCCCUUUGUAGAUUUCUUCUUUUUUUUUUUUUUUUUUACAAUCCAACCUGGCCCUUUGUGAAAGAAUAAUUGUCCCCAAUCUAAAAUCUGGUUGUGCCAUACUUUAAGACAAUGACUGCUAUCAAGUGUUUGCAGUACCUAGUCUUUUACGUCACUGUGGAAGAAAUUUGCCCCCCCUGUUUUUGUUGUUUUAGUUUUAUUCAGCAACUUUACAGGACUUCCAUCGGGGUUUUUUUUUUUCCAUUUAUGUUUAGAUUUAUUUCUAAAAAUAAGUGCUGUGGUUUGAAUUUUUGAGGCAUCACUGUGUGUACACCAUAGUUUCAGUAUUUAUUCCUGAUCCAUUCAUCUUCAUCUGUAUCUUAGGUUUACUCACUGUAAAUAUGAGCUGUAUACAUGACUUUGUUUCCAUGAAAAGUAAAAAGGACUUGAACUAUUUUUUGCACUAAGCUCUGUGGCGACGUGUGGAGCAAAACAGCAUGACCCUUUAAUUUGAAUCUGUAGAACAUGGUAAGUAUUUAUGUCCAAACCAAAAAUGCGUCAUGCAUUCAUCAGCAUGAUUUACUAAAGCAUAUGUUUGCAGAUUUUCAUUUUGGGCAUGCUGUUCUUAUUUCUCAUCUCAAAUUAUUCUGAAGUGAUGGAGGGAUUGCUUUGAUUUCUUUCUAUGGUCCAGAAAUGUUUCACAGAGUCAGAAGUGACAGUUUACAGGCUAGAAGAGGAUAGGCUGAGUAAAAGAGUGAGCGACUGUGAUGGAGGAUGCAACUGGUCUGCAGAUCUACUCACACCAUACCGUCGAGGACCCUCACCACAACCCCCAACAGUCCAGACGUCUUCUGACGUCAGGAUUCAACCAACACACGGGGCAUGUUAUCUCUUAAAAGCAUGUUUUGAUAUAAAAAGCUUGCCAAGAACCAAACAUUUCCUACAACUAGCAGGGCAUUUAGCGCAGUAUCCUGUUGCUUGAUUCAAAAACCCAUAACUGAGUCAACUGCUUGCAAGUUGGAGCCAUCGUUUGAUACUCGGAACGUGCAUGUUGUCUAGAUGUUUAUCAAAAGCCAGUGUAUUCUGUUUACCUCCACUUUUGUUUUUCAAUUGUUGUCAAAAAAAAAAGAGGAUGAUCCAUUUUGUACUAUUUCUUAUGAGAAGUGCACAUACAGAUACGGACAAAUAAAUGCUGCAUGCAGCCAAAUACACUGA